CGUCACUCAAAGUCGGUUUUCUUUUGGGCUACUCGAAGUCUUUCAGCUGUCCCUGCUUUCUUUCUCUCUUUCCUUUCUUCCUUCUAAAUUUACACAUCACAUCUCCACUACCAGUCAAGUCAAAACCGUUUCACUCUCACGCACCGAAGCAAAACUCUUAAUUCAAUGACCCGGUUGCACUUCGACUCAGUAUCUGACUAUGACUAUGUCCUUCAUUUGUCAGAGCACAAGCUCACUCGCUAUCAAUAUCAGAGGACCGAUAUUGCAUUACGAAAACAUGUAUUGAUUCGCAACUUGUUAAUCAAGGCACAUACCAUAGCAUCCGAUACAGAUGACGAAGAGGGGUAUGAUGAUGAAGAAGGCGACGAGGAGGAGGCUGAUCAGCCUCUAACCUUUGGACGGCCAUCUGGCCGCAUAGUGACUGUUGUUGACACUGACAAGUCCAAGGAGGAAAGUUGGUUUGAUACUUGUUUUGAUCAACUGGACCAAGACAAUGUUGACUCUGUCAUCAUAGACUACAGUAGUAGCGAUGAAGAUGACGAAGAAAUGGAAGACGGUGCCGUACCGCGCUGGAUACAAGAUGUUCAACAGCGUUAUCUUGUAAACCACUCCACCGUCUCGUCAGCGGACCUUGAAGACGACGAUGAGGACGAUGAAGACGCCGAUGCUAUCCUGAAGCUAGCGUCACGAGAGAGCUCGUGCGAUUAUUUUCUACGAAAUGAUAAAGAAUGCUCUGUUGGUGCUUUUGAUCCUUUUGGUAACGACGACAUCGUUUCAAGCACCAAUAAUUUUAGUAACAAAUAUUCUUGGAUCGAGUGGCGACAUGAUCCAAUAACAUUAUGAUAUUGUAUUGCUUUUCUUUCUUUUUUAUUUACUUCCUGCUUUUUGUACAGCAACCCUCAAAUAUCACUUGUACAGUAAUUUACAUCACCCAAACAUCCAUAAAAAAAUCACAUUUAGUCUUCAUUUAAA